AUGAUUAAAGCAAUAACUCUACAUUCACGACUUCUGUAUCAUCCCUUGUCAUCCUUAUUUGCAAAACCAGAAAAGGGAACAAUAUUCGCAAAAUUAAAGAAAAUUAUAUCAACAGUCAGCAGCGAUAAUAAUCCCAUGAGUGAACUGAUAAAACAUUCAGAAAUGCAUGUGCUAUUUGAACCAUGUGCUACGGCAGUUGAUGUGAUAAUUUCAAAUGAUGAGCUAGCAUUGAAUGAGGAACAAGAACUGCUAGAAAAAAUUGAUAACACAACUAUGCUUUUGAUCUAUACCGAUGCCUCUAAACAACAUGAUGAAGUAGCAGCAGCCAUGACGAUAAUGACAAAAGCUGGUGAUGAGUUUAGAUGGGAGGAUUAUGGCAUGUAUUUAGGACAAAAAUACUCCGUGUAUCAUGGCGAGCUGUUAGCGAUACAACUUGCUCUAAAAAUUCUAGUAGAUAUAUCACCUUCAUCAAAACAAAUUACCCUUUUCACGGAUAACUAG